GCGCGCAUGGGGAGGGGGAGAACCAGAAUUGACUGUUGGACGAAGUAGAAGUUCGCCAGGGAUUUGUCUUUCUUGAGAGCAGCAGGGAGAAGAAAAAAACAUGGCACAGCCUCCUUAUCUUCACUUGGCGGAACUGACGGCAUCCCAGUUUCUUGACACCUGGAAACAUUUUGAUGUUGAUGGUAAUGGCUACAUUGAGGGCAAGGAGCUUGAAAACUUCAUUACUCAGCUGGAGAUUGCACGAAAAGGAGCAGGUGUGGACCCCUCAAAUGCAUCUUUCAGAGACAAAAUGGCAGAGUUCAUGCAGAAAUUCGACAAGAACAAUGAUGGGAGGAUUGAGCUGUCAGAGCUGGCCCAGAUUCUGCCAACAGAAGAGAACUUCCUGCUUUGCUUCAGACAGUUUUUAGGCUCCAGCUCUGAGUUUAUGGCGGCCUGGAGAAGGUAUGACACAGACCGCAGUGGCUUCAUUGAAACAAAUGAACUCAAGAACUUUCUCUCAGACCUCUUGAAAAAGGUGAACAGGCAAUAUGAUGACCAAAAAUUGCAGGAAUAUACACAGACAAUUCUCAAGAUGUUUGAUCUGAAUGGUGAUGGGAAGCUGGGGCUCUCUGAAAUGGCAAGGCUUCUACCAGUUCAGGAAAAUUUCUUACUGAAAUUCCAGGGCAUCAAGCUGACUGCUGACCAGUUCAAUAGCAUCUUCACAUAUUAUGACAAGGAUGGAAAUGGCUACAUUGAUGAGAUGGAGUUGGACUACCUUCUGAAGGACCUUUAUCAGGAGGCUGCAACACAGGAUUUAGCUGGCUAUAAAAAGAGCAUCAUGGCCUUGUCAGAUGGGGGUAAACUGUACCGCACAGAACUGGAAAUCGUACUGUGCCGGGAGCCCAUUGUACUGUGAUUAUACUGUGCUAGGAGCUCUGAAUCACAUUUCUCUUUCUGCUGCCUGACUACUGUAACCAUAUGCAUGUGUCAGGCACUUCCACUUUCAUUUAUGUGUGUUUUGAAUGAAUGUGCACUACAAAGCACAAAAAAAAAAAAUCUUCAUUUUUUAAUUUUCCGCCUCAUCCCUUUAAUCCCUCCUGCUUUAUGGCACAUUGCUCAGCUAAGGUGUUGACCUCUGCUAAAUUUUUAAACAGCACAUUUCAAAUUAAUCUUAUUGAAUCUUGCUGAUAGAGAAAUAUCAGUAGUAUGAAUAUGCGGAUGAUGCUAUUAUUUAUUCAUUUGUACUGUCUAUUUAUUUAUCUAUAUUUUCAUUUAUUUAAUUGGGUCCCUCUGCAUCCCCUGGUAUUCUGUCAGGUUUUCUUUUUCUCUUUGGUUUGAUUAUCUCGCUAUUGUUACAUUACAACUGUUUAAGGUAAUGGCAUUUUAUUUCUUAGGCUGAUACUGUUAGAGGAUAUUACUGAAAGAAUUAAUAAAAGACUAGGUUAUGUGAAGAAUAUGGUGUUUUUAUUAAUCUAAUUAUUUGUUUAUUCAUUUGAGGGAUUAAUUAACUGGAAUCGGGGUUAAUAAAAGUUGGAUGAAA